AUGUUGAAGAACAGAACGGAGGGAGGGCUGACUCUUUUAUUAAGCCCAUGGGAGGACAGGAGGAGGAUAUUUGGAGGACUGAGACGUACAGAAGCUGCUGUGACAAUGAGGACAAAACAGAAGCGACAAGUGUGCGUUCUUCUACCCAACAAGCAGCACCUCGACUGUACCGUCAGGGUGAAAGCCAGAGGCCACGAGGUGCUGAACAGUGUGCUGAAGCAGGUCGGCGUCAGUGAUCUCCAAGUCUUCGGCCUGGCUGUUCUCAGAGAUAAUGAAUAUCUCUUUCUUGAAUUGGGCCAAAAGCUGAGCAAGUACUUUGGCAGAAGAUGGAGCAGAGAUACAAACAAAACUGCCCAGAGGUAUAAGCAAAACCAAAUUUCUGUUCCAUUCAUCAUAUUUCUGAGAGUGCAGUAUUAUGUAGAGCAUGGGCAGCUCAUAUUGAGCAGCAAAGUACAGCAGCUCUACUACACCGAGCUGAGGCAGAAGGUGCUGCUCUCACAGAGCUGCCAUCAGGAAGCUUUGUUCUUCCAGCUGGCAGCCUCUGCGCUUCAAGCUGAGGUGGGAGAUCUGGAGCAGAAAGACGGGGACGAGGAGGAGGGAGAGGAGGGAGGACACAGGCGUUACUUUCUUCCUGAAGAUUACUUCCCCUCCUGGGUGAUAAAGCGUCGUGGACGAGACUACCUGUUCCAGCACGGCCCUGUGUUGCACGGUGAGCUGAGAGGUGUGUCACGUAGCCAAGCUGUCCUGCAGUUUAUAAAAGAGGCCAGCAGCCUGCAGGACGGACCCGUCACCUUCUACAGGAUGAGACUGGAGAAAAAAGAGCUGAGAAGUUCGAUGCUUCUUGGUGUGGCAGUGAAGGGAGUUCAUAUUUAUCAGGGCGUGGAAGGGAAACUGUGUCUAUUGUAUGAUUUUUCCUGGACCGAUAUUGAACGUUUCACUUUCCAGGGCAGCAGGUUUGAAAUCGCCGCAGUGGGCUCUCUGUGCAUCCCUAAGCUGGUGUAUUACACUCAUUCAGCCUUCCACUCCAGACACAUCCUGAAGCACCUCAGUGACAGUCACCGGCAUCACAUCAACACCAGAGAUGCCCACGAGUACAUGCAACAGCUGGAGGACAUGCGGGCCACUCAGUUCUGCAGAGAGGCCUACAUCUGCGACGCAGCGGGCUUAAGACAGAGACUUCAGAGCAGCAGCCUCACAUCCUCCAUGUCUGACUGCAGUGCUGCAGCGGAAACAAACACAGCCUGGUCCAAAGAGGAGGAGGAGGAGGAUGAGGAGGAAGAUGAAGGCUCUGUCAUAGAGUUUGAGCUGCACAUUGACGAACCAGAGGAGGUUUUUGUCGACAACCCAGCUGAGGUGUCCUGGCUGGCUGAGCUGGUCCACGGCGUGUCCGUCGAUGGACCCUUAGUGUUACCCUCCUCGUGGGCAGCUGUCACCAUGGAAAUGAAACAGGUUCUCAGGAGGAGAGCUGAUGAAGGGGUUUCUGUGGACUAAUGUACAGUCAGAGGCGAGAGGGACUCCUCACAUGUUCUGCAGACCCCCUAAUACCACUGCCCUGAUACUCACACUGCUUUUCAAAUCAGCCAUCAUAGACCUGACAAAUUCUGUACCUUAUGCAUACAUUAUACUCAUAACCACUGUAUGGUUUCUGUGCAACACUAGCUCUAACAAAUUCCUUUAACAUCCUGUGUGUAUGUAAUGAUUCACUUUGUUUUUUCAAAAUUAAUUAUGACUUUUUAGAGUCAGCAUUCAGGCCAUGAUUCUUGCUGUCUGGGGACAGGUGAUGGCAAUAUGUUUUUUAAACUUGUUAAUUGGAUUUGUUGUACCCAGCAUCUUAUAUCCCACAAACAAUUAUAAAAAGCUUUUUUUUUUUUUUUAAUCUGAGCUUUAAUUAAAAUUUCACCUUUGAAUUCUGUUUUGUGCAUCGGUUAAUCAUCACUGUGAACAGAUAGCAGUGUUUCAAGGUUGGGAGGAUGGGGAAUGCCUGAUUUGCUCCUCAUUUCUUUCACUUUCUAUUUUCCUCUAUCUCCCUAAUGAGAUGUUACUGCUUGUUGUUGUGUUUUCCCGUUUGUCGUUGUGAUUUGCAUUUCACAGCCACUGUAGAUCACAUGAGACUUAGCAUAGCCCAAUGAGUUUGUUUUUUAACAACUGCUUUUUUGAACAAUGUAAAUACAGCUUAUUUCCGUUCAUCUUAGAAGUCAUUACAUUUAGAUUCAUCAAGUCAUUUACAUAUUUGCAAAACAUAACUAAUUAAUCAUUUUACAAGGAAAUCAUGGAAACUUAUUAAUUCAUUAAUCAGGAAGCUGAGUUUCCCACAUAAUAGCAGCAGUAGCAACACUUGAACCAAUGUUCUGUGGGGUUUAUUUAAUCUUUCCACCAACUACACUGAUGUUCGUGUGGUGCUGAGCUGUCACAUCUUGUGAAUGUGUGUAGAACAGAUUGAUAAACGUGAUCGUUCAGUCAGCCAAUCAGCGAAAGGCUGUGACCCAAACACGGAAGCAGCUCAGACAGCUACGAAAGCAAAAGUUAAGGCUCUUCCCUUAACACAAAAAUGCUGCUAUAAACCUUAUUACAUGUGUAAACAGCUAAAAACAA